AGUCACUCUCGUCGGUCUUUUGUCCAUCUACUGCUAGUCUAGCGCAGGCGAUCAGUGUGCCCAUGGCUGCUCGGAAUGACGAAGAUGCGGAGAUGAUAGAAGCUCGCCCUCGUAAAAGGAUUCGCAGCAGCACAAAACGCAAACGUGCAACAAGUCCCACUCACCUGCCCAGAGUGCCUAUAUUAUUUGCACCAUUCCGCGCUCUGGGUCUAAUCACAAACCAUAUACCAUUCUAUAUACAAACCCGUUCUUACAAGGAUGCAACUGAGGGGCCCCGGAUACACAUUUUGACCUGUCUCGGCAGAUCAUGGGCGUUAUGGGAGGGGGGUAAGAUGGGCCUGUUAUUUGUGGGUCCGGAAGUUCAAGACCCUAUUUCGUGCCUAGUUAUGGAUGGAGAUGCUGUUUGGGCAGCGUCUGGCGUACAUGUAAUCAAAUAUCUCCGGGGAAAAGAGGUUUCACGCGUGUCGAAUCCGCUCCAGACCCCCUUAGCAUUCGUCAUUCUGUUUGGUACUCAGUUGCUUGCAUUGACGGAAGAUGGUGCGCGGAUGCUAAUAUGGGAGGUAUCGACCAAUGAACAAGCCUUAUCUACAACUAUUCAGUUUGAUAUUGGGUUUACUGCUACAUCAAUUCUCCAUCCUGCUACAUAUCUGAACAAAGUUUUGGUUGCCAGCAAGGAGGGCGAUAUGCAACUUUGGAACAUCCGUACACAGACUUGUAUACACAAAUUUUCUAAUUCUCUAUUGCGCACAUUACCAUCUCAGCAGCAUAUGAACUCAUUGUCGAGUCCCAUCACAGCGUUAACGCAGUCCCCUGCUAUCGAUGUAGUUGGUGUUGGUUUUAUGUCAGGAGAAAUAUCUGUGUACGACGUUCGUGCUGAUGAGCGGCUGAUGAGAAUGUACAUGGAUGAUGGUGGAAUCAAAGCUUUAUCUUUCCGGAGUGAUGGUCACCCGAUUCUGGCGUCUGCCUCGUCAUCUGGACACAUAGCUCUCUGGGAUCUAGAUUCUGGAGGUCGGCUUCUGCACCUCAUCCGGGGUGCACAUGAUGGUGCUGUUAGUGCACUUGAGUGGGUCCCUGGACAGCCUGUCCUCAUCAGCUCAGGUGAGGAUAACAGCGUCAAGCAAUGGUUGUACGAAUCCCCUACCGCUGUUCCUCGACUCCUGAAAUUCAGAUCUGGUCAUCAUGCACCCCCACAUCUCAUUCGGUUUUAUGGCGAAGAUGGUAAACAAUUGUUAUCUGCAUCAGCAGACCGUACCCUACGGUAUAUCUCUGUUGUUCGAGAUUCGAGGUCAUACGAAAUGUCGCAAGGAUCUCUCGCACGGAAAGCUACGACUCUAUCAAAACCUCUUACUUCGUUGAAAUUCCCUCCUAUCACCUCCAUUUCUUGUUCCUCGACACGAUCCAAGGACUGGGAUGACGUCCUGACCGCACAUGCUGAUGAGAUGUGUGUACGGUCUUGGACAGUACUCAACAAGCGCGUUGGAAAGCACACGUUCAACUCCGCUGAGAGUUCCAAAAGGAAGUCUCCCUCAGGUGUUGUAAAGUGUGUUUGUGUUACUGCUUGUGGAAAUUUCGGUCUUGCGGGAUCUUCAACUGGAGAGAUACACAUGUGGAACAUGCAGUCUGGGUUGAAGCGAAAGUCGUUCAAGGUUGGACCUUGCCCUCAAGCCCUGAUCGAUCGUCUUGAGCUUUCGUCCAUGACAAGAUCAAAAGCCAGCGAGCGUAGUAUUACUGGCCUGGCAUCAGAUGCUCUGAACCGCGCAGUCAUUGCCACUACUUCAGAUGGCACUGUGAAUUUCUUUGACUUCCAUACCUGUACUCUGGACCAAGUGAUGGUUUUACCAACUUCAGCUAGUUCGAUGAUGUUACAACGAGACUCUGGAUUACUUGCAGUCGUCUGCGAUGAUAUGGUCGUUCGAAUCAUUGACAUCGAGACUCGUAGAGUCGUCAGAGAACUAGCGUGUGGCGUCCAUGGUCGAAUACUUGACAUUGCAUUUUCGUCAGAUUCUCGCUGGAUAGUGGUCACAUCGUUGGACUCUGUGAUACGGACAUUCGAUAUACCUACUGGUCAGCUAAUAAAUGCGUUCCGCACACCUAGUGUUGCCACGAGCAUUGCGUUCUCGCCGACAAAUGACUUUUUGGCCACUACACAUGUUGACAGCGUUGGCAUUUUCCUUUGGGCAAAUCGGUCUCAAUACUCUGAGGUUGCAUUCCGUGCAAUUUCAGAAGAGGAUAUUGCGGAAGUUGCGCUUCCUUCGAUGCAAGGGUCUGAAGAAGAUGAAACAUUAGAAGCUUUGGAAAAACUGGGGGUGGAAGAUAAGCCCACAGACGUCUUCUCGACGCCAUCUCAAUUAGAUGGAGAUCUUGUGACAUUAACGUUACUCCCUCGUGCACGUUGGCAGACACUGCUGAAUUUGGAGGUUAUACAGCAACGGAAUAAACCAAAAGAGCCACCGAAGAAACCCGAACAUGCACCGUUCUUCUUACCUACGUUACCGGGCGUCGAGCAUCGCUUUGCGAUCGAGGAGAAGAAGCAAGAGACGCAGGACAAACACACCCGCAGACUUGACAAAAUCGUUGCGAACUCGCAAAGCACGUUACAAAAGUUGCUGGUCGAGUCAGAUAAAAAUAGCAGCUCGAACGACGCAUUGUUCGACUACAUCAAGAGCCUCUCGCCGGCGGCAAUUGAUUUGGAGUUGCGCUUGUUAGCGUUCAACAGCCUCAAACAAUUUCUUCGCGCCAUCAAGCGACGCCUGCAGUCGCACCUCGACUUUGAAGCUGUGCAGGCACUACAAAAUGUCGUCCUGCGAAUCCAUGCAGACGUGAUUAUCGAAAAUGAGGAUUUGCGGACUGAGUUAGAGGAACUCCUGAAAGUGCAGAAGAAAGAGAGUGGGCGAGUGUUGGAUUUACUGGCUUCGUCCCUCGGCACACUUGGUUUUGUUCGGGAUAUACAAUAGACGGUGUACUCUAACUACAAGCACACAAAAUAAACAAGAGGCAGCGAAUUGUACCACUUU